AUGGAUCGGGGACUUCUGGUUGAAGCCUAUAAGGCUACAACAAACCCGGCUGGCCAGAAGGAAGCUACUAAAUUUUUAACACAGGUAUGUUUUAGGGUUUUAUAUGGUAAAGUUAGUAUAAUUGAGAACUUUGGUAUUUUUAUUAUUGUGUUUUGUUUUAGAGCAGCACCAUGAUAGGGUUCACAACGUUUUCUCUUGAUAUUUUGAGCGACGACUCGUUGGACAUGGCUGUGAGACAAGCUGCCGGCAUCUUUCUUAAGAAUCACAUUCGUGAUUAUUGGGUUUUGGACUCUGACGAUGUGGGAAAGAAGGUGCCUAUUGCUGAACAAGAUAAAGUAGCUAUUCGUCAAGUUUUAAUACCUAGAAUUAUUAUGGCUCCAGAGGCUUUAAAGUAGGUUUCCAUAUUUUUUUUUGUUUUUAGGUAUAUGUUGGAUUCUUGUGUUUGGCUUUAUACGGCUUUGGAGUCUGUCAAUGUAAUUAAGUAAUAUUUUUUUUUAGGGUUCAACUUUGCAUCUGCAUGCAAUUCAUAUUGCGACACGACUUUCCAGAAGUAUGGCCAAGUAUUGUAGAUGAACUAACUCAACUUUAUCAAUCAAAUGAUGGCGCUUCUUGGUAUGCCGCUCUUCUGGUCACUCACAGAUUAGCCAAGAUUUAUGAGUACAAGCGACAAGUUGACAAACAGCCAUUUUUGGUAGCCAUGAACAGGUUUCUACCUAUUCUAUAUCAACGAUUUGUUGAUAUUAUCGAUGACCAAAGCCAAGAAGCCAAUGUUUUGCAGAAACUUAUGUUGAAGAUCUUCUUCUGUUUAAUUCAGGUAAUAUUUAUUUUAUUUUUAAAGAAACAAACUUUUUUAGUUUUCCUUGAGUACCGAUGUCUUAACGGCUGAAGACUUUGGUCACUGGUUGGCUUUGUUUGUGAAAAUAGUGGAACGAGACAUUCCAGCUGAAGUAGAACAAGUUGAUGUCGAAGAACGGGAUGAAACUAUUUGGUGGAAGUGCAAGAAAUGGGCUUUGAAGAUUAUCGAACGUGUUUUUGAGCGAUAUGGAUCCAAAGGACAUGUAGAAGCUGCUUACAAGACUUUCGCCGAAUAUUACACUGCCAAUUACUUGUCUCCUGUUGUGACAAGUGUUUUAAAGGUGUUGGAGAGGUAUAUUAAGAAGGAGUACGUUUCUAGUCGGGUUAUGUACUUGAGUAUCUGCCAUAUCGCUGAAGCUUUGAGUCACGGUUCGAUUUGGAAGUUGGUCAAGCCUCACCUUGAUGUAAGUGUCAUUUCUCCAAAGUUUUAUAUUACUUUAAAAGAGGUUGUUAGAUUUUGUUACGACUUUUGUUAUUUUAGGUAAUAUUCUGCGAUAUUAUGUUUCCUUUGCUUCAAUUUUCCGAAGUUGACCAAGAACUGUGGGAAGAUGAUCCGGAAGCUUACCUUAGAGAGAAACAAGAUUGCUUUGAGGAAGUCAGAAACCCAGCGGCAGCAGCCAUUCGGUUUUUGAAUGCUGCUGCUAAACGACAAGGGAUCUUGAUACCUAUUUUGACUCAAGUCAUUACCAAGCUUCAAACUUCAGAUCUUGGUUCGAAUGAAAUUGAUGGAAGUCUGCACGUUAUCACGGCACUAGCUCCAACCCUUUGUGAAGAUCGUCGCUACAAGAAAGAGGUUGAGAAACUUAUCAGAGAACACGUAAAGCCUAGAAUUACCCAUCAAACUCCCUUUGUCAGAGCGAGAGCUCUGAAUGUUAUCAAGGAAGCUGCUGAAGCUCCAUUCAAAGAUCGUAUAUUCUUGGCUGAUCUCAUUGAGACUAUAACUCAACGAAUCAAAGAUGAAAACGAAGAAUUGCCCGUUAAAUUCGAAGCUGCUGUUGCCAUUCAAGCUUUGGUCAACAACCAAACGGAGAAUGUAGCUGCUUUCAUCAAGCCUAGGAUUGGAGAUUUGCUGAGGGAGGUGUUGAGGUUACUCGGAAAACAUAAUCUGGAAGACUUACCACCUGUUAUUGAAAGUCUUAUUGAAGCAUAUGCGGACGAUGUUAUACCAGUGGCAGAAGGUGUUGUGUUUGAAUUGGUAAGUACUUUUACUUUCAAAGGUUGUCUGCUACAGAAGGAGAAUAUAAUGUUUUUCUUAUUUUAGAUCCAAGUAUUCCAUCACUUGGUAAUGGAAGAGGAUGGAGCCGGACUCUUAGAUGGAAGUAUGACGGUAAUGGGAGUGUUGGCUACACUGGAGACUAUCCUCCAAUUAAUCCAAGACAACCAAGAAGCCCUUCAGAAGAUCGAACCUAUGGUAGCUGCUUUGGCGAUGGAGAUUCUGGAUGUCUGUGUAACUGACUUCUUUGAAGAGGCUACAUCGUUGAUUGAGUGUUUGUUACAGUAUGGUGUCUCACCCAAGAUGUGGGAGGUGUACGAGAAAUUGCUGGAUGCCUUUGAACAAGAUAACAGUCUUUUCUUUACAGGUAAACAUCAUAUUCGAUUAAUUAUUGGUUUUUAAGAUUAAUGUUUUAUUUAAUUUUAUAAAUCUUGUUUUAGAUGCUAUGCCGGCUCUGACUAGAUUUGUGACUAAGGAUCCAGCUGCUUUCAUUUCGAAGCCCGAGAGACUGGUAAGGAUGUUGUUAUUGAUUGAGCGGGUAUUAAACGACGACGAGUGUGGAGAAGAUGUCCACGUCUACGUCAUCAAAAUGCUGGAAAUUUUGUUCAGUUACUACAGAGGUCACCUGGACCAAUUUUACCCUCAGAUGUUUGCACUAGUCAUGAAAAAACUACUGGCAGAUCAGGCUGAAUUCGAAGAGAUUCAUGCUCAAUGUUGUGUUGUGAGUUUCUUAAUUCAUAUUUUCAAUAUGUGUUAUUCGCAAUAGAUUUAUCAUGAAGUUAAUUUCUUUAUUUUCAGACUUUAAUCGAAGCUUUCAACUAUAAUACACAGAUGUUCAUUCAACUUAUUAACCAGUACGAGCCUUACCAAGCCAAUAACUACAAUUGGUUCUUCGAAUACGUGUUCAACAACUUUACAAAGUUCAAUGGUAUCCACGACCGUUCCCUUCUUGUAUAUGCUUUAUUGUUGCUGUUCAAAGUGGAUCCGUCACUCAGGCCGACAAUCGUCCAAACCCAACCCCAGAAGUUGAUGGAAGUCAUCAUCAAAUUGUUUGAAGACAUUGAGAAAUGCAAGAAGUUGAUCAAAGAAGCAGAUGAUGAUGAUUCUGACGACGACGAUUCCGAUGAAGAAGGUGAAGGACACGACCCUGAUUUGCAAGAUUCUGAUGACGAUGUCACCGAGAACGACAGUGAAUACUUGUUGUCAUUGGAGAAGAAAAUGGCAGCAGACACGGAUUCAGAGUGCAGUGAAGACCGUUGUUCGUUUGUAGAAGUCACGGAGUUGGAAGAGUUUGAGACACGGUUUGAUGGAGAACAUCAAGUCUAUAAUGUUCACACUUUGUUCGUCGAUAUUAUGAACGGUAUGUUGUAUGCGACAUAUUUCAUCAUUAUGUUGCGUUGUCGUAAAGUUGUUACAAUAAUAUAAUGAGUUGGUUCCUCACUUUUCUGAUUUCAGACAUUGAAUCCACGGAUUCUGCCCUCUACCACCAACUCGUAGCGAUUCCCGAAGAGAAGCAGGUUCAACUGAAAGAGCUGAUCCAGCUAUGCCAUCAAGAAAAGGAAGCUAUACGUUCGCGACAUCUGAAUGCCUCAGGCGGGUACAACUUUAAUCAAGCUGGUGCUCCAGCCAACUUCUCUUUCCAAUAA